GAAAGCAGUGAUUCCUCUGCCUGCUCCCCUUGGUCUUGUCUGCAUAGGAAAGUUUUAUCCUCUUUUAACUUCAUUUUGCUUUACUUCCAUGGUAAAUGGAGUUGAUCUCACAGAUGGUCUUGAUGGAUUGGCUGGUGGAACUGCUGCAUUAGCGUUUAUUGGAAUGUCAUUUGUAGUCCUUCCAAUCUGUCCUGAUCUCGCUGUGUUUGGAGCAUCAAUUGGGGGUGCUUGCGUUGGGUUUCUGAUGCAUAAUCGAUACAGAGCAUCAAUAAUCAUGGGUGGCACAGGAGCUCUGGCCAUAGGUGGGGCCCUAGCAUCUAUGGCUGCUGUGACUGGACAGUUCUUGCCAUUGUUCAUUGCUUCUGGGAUCUUCAUUUUGGAAGCUGCCCUAUACGUUGUGUUACAGGUAUACUUCUCCACGUCAAGCCAAAGGCCAUGCUCCCAGUUUGGGAUGGCGCCAUUUCAUCACCACCUCAAAAUGAUGUGUGGCUUGCGAGAACCUGCUAUUGUGGCUGGAGCAUACGUUGUUUCAUGCAUUUUAGUCCUAUGCGCUGGAUAUGUUGGUCUUGUUAUAGUGUAACCAGGCGUGUCAAUGUGGUCUUA